AUGACGUCUGAAUGGUCCUUUACACAGGGAGGCCCUGAAGAGGAUCUAAGGAAUGAGUUCAAGGUUGGACAACAUUUUCGGAACAAGGAAGAAGUCAUGUUGGCUGUUAAAACAUACAACAUCAAGAGGGCUGUGGAGUACAAAAUAGUAUGUAGUGACCAGUGCAGGUAUAGUGCACAGUGUAUCCAGUUCGGACCCGGUUGUAAUUGGAGCAUACACAUAUCGUAUCGCCGUAAGGUAGAAAAGUGGGAGGUGAGGAUAUACACUGGUCCUCCCAAAUGCAUGCAAACUUCGAUUGGGCAAGACCAUUGUCGGUUGGAUUCGAAGAUGAUUUCUCAACAUAUUUUCACAAUGGUAAAAACAUAUCCAACAAUAAGCAUCAGGGUUCUACAAGGAGGUGUAGAGAAUCACUUCGGUUAUAAGGUGUCCAACAGAAAGGUUUGGCUCGCAAAACAGAUAGUCAUUGUUAGCAUAUAUAGGGAUUGGAAGGAGUCAUACAAUGAGCUUCCUCGUUGGUUGUUCGCUAUGCAAAUGUACUUGCCUGGUACUUGGGUGCAACUUGUCACUCAGCCUUGGCUUGGUUCUGCCGACUUCGUCAUGUUUCAUCGGGAUGGCAACGCAAACAUUUUGCCUAUUGCGUUUGCCGUUGUCGAGGGUGAGAUAAAUGAGGCAUGGUCGUUCUUUCUGUCGUAUCUACGUCAGCAUGUGACUCCACAACCCGGUGUCUUAGUGAUUUCAGACAAGCACAAAUCAAUUGAUGGGAAAUUGAAUGCCAAUGAUAGUUUAUGGAGACCACCUCAUGCUUUCCAGUUAUUUUGUACGAGAUACAUUGUUGCCAACUUCAUAACACACUUCAAGAACAAGAACUUGAAGAAGGUUCUGAUUAAUGCAGUGUAUUUGAAGUCACAGCGGGAGUUUCCUCAUUAUUUCGGGUAUUUGAGGGGCGAGAAUGAGGCAAUCACGAGGUGGCUUGAAGAGAUGCCAAGCUCACAGUAG